AUGCUAGACUAUGCCUGUGGUAACGGUGUGGCAUCUCGCGCACUCGCACCAUUCAUGUCCACUGUUAGAGGCUUGGACAUAUCAACGGCAAUGGCAGAACAGUACAACAAAAUGGCCCUCAAAGCAGGAUACACUCCGGCAAAGAUGCACGCCUUGCAAGGCGACAUCAUCGAGCCAGAAUCGACACCAUGUCCCGAACUCAACACACCUGCAUUUUUCAACUUUGAUUUAAUAGUCAUGUGUAUGGCCCUCCACCAUAUUGAAAACCCAAACGAUAUGAUCUUGCAGCUCUCCAAAAGACUGAGACCAGGUGGACUUUUGCUUAUCAUUGACUGGGUUUCACAUUCGGACAGCACAACUCAGGAAGGCGAGAAUUGGAAGAUGGACUUUUCGAAAUUAAGUGUUAAUAGAAUGGGGUUCGGAGAAGAUGAGGUUAAGAAUGCGUACGAUAAGGCUGGGCUGGAAGACUGGUCUUGGAAAUGGACUUCGACACCAUCUCAGGUACCUAGAGAGAUUGGAGGCCUUCUUGUAGUAUUCUUGUACAGUGGUUCGGCGGUGGAUUCCAAAACCAGCACUAUUGAGUAUUCUGCCAAAAUCGGCGAGUGA